AUGUCCAUUGGCGACGCCUGGGCAGAGGCAAUGGGUGCAAUGAACAAGGAACAGUCUUUCAAGCUUUUGGAUGCUUAUUUUGAAUCCGGCGGCAACUUCAUCGACACGGCCAACAACUACCAGGAUGAGCAGUCGGAAACCUGGAUCGGCGACUGGAUGCAGGAGAGGGGCAACAGAGAUCGCAUGGUUAUCGCCACCAAAUACACUUCGGAUUUCAGGAAUCACGCAUACGGCAAGGGAAACACAGCAAACUUCAUGGGCAACCACCGCCGAAGCCUUCACGUGAGCGUUGAGGCAUCGCUUAAGAAGCUGCGCACUGAUUUCAUCGACAUUCUGUACCUGCACUGGUGGGAUUACACAACCUCCAUCAAGGAGAUUAUGGAUUCUCUGCACAUCCUUAUCGAGCAAGGCAAGGUUCUUUACCUCGGUAUCUCAGAUACACCAGCUUGGGUCGUAAGUGCAGCAAACACCUAUGCCAUUGACCACGGAAAGACGCCAUUCAGCGUCUACCAAGGCCGCUGGAGCGUGAUGCACCGCGACUUCGAACGCGAUAUCCUCCCCAUGGCUAAGAUGUUCGGCAUGGCCCUGUGUCCUUGGGAUGUCCUGGGCUCAGGCAAGUUCCAAUCGAAGAAAGCUAUCGAGGAGCGCAAGAAGAGCGGUGAGGGUUUGAGAUCAUUCGUCAGCUCUGGCGAGCAGACCGAGAUGGAGAUCAGGAUCAGCGAAGCGCUAGCCAAGGUUGCGAGCGAACACAACACAGAAAGCGUGACUGCUAUCGCUCUUGCAUACGUCCGCAGCAAAGCGCCGAAUGUUUUCCCUAUCGUUGGCGGCCGAAAGGUCGAGCACCUCAAAGACAACAUUAACGCCCUCAAGAUAAAGCUCACUGAUGAGCAGAUUGCCUUUUUGGAGAGUGUCAAGCCGUUCGAGAUUGGGUUCCCCAACAAUUUCCUGGGUGACGAUCCAAACAUCACCGGUCAUUCAGCGCGUCUGGCCCGCGGAGCUCAGAUGUCGUUUCCCAAUGCUGGCAGGCAAACGAGCGUCUAA